CCCACUCCUCACCGCGCACGCGGGGAACCGGUCACCGCGGCUGUCUCGGUCACCGCGGCUGUCUCGGCCGCCGCGGUCGGUAGUCGCCAUGGAUUUUCCGUGGGAUGAGCUGGCUCUGGCCUUCUCCCGCACGUCCAUGUUCCCCUUUUUUGACAUCGCCCACUAUCUAGUGUCCCUGAUGGCGCUGAAGCGUAAGCCGGGAGCAGUGGCAGUGGCAUGGAAGAAUCCUAUUUCAAGCUGGCUUACUGCUAUGCUCCAUUGCUUUGGUGGAGGAAUUUUAUCUUGUAUACUGCUUGCAGAACCUCCAUUGAAGUUUCUUGCGGACAACACUAAUAUAUUACUGGCAUCUUCAAUCUGGUAUAUUAUUUUUUUUUGCCCAUGGGACCUAGUUUCCCAGGGCUAUUCAUUCCUACCUGUUCAACUCUUGGCUGCAGGAAUGAAGGAAGUGACCAGAACUUGGAAAAUAGUAGGUGGAGUCACACAUGCUAAUAACUAUUACAAAAAUGGCUGGAUAGUCAUGAUAGCUACUGGAUGGGCCCGAGGUGCAGGUGGUACCAUUAUCACACAUUUUGAGCAGUUGAUAAAAGGAGAUUGGAAACCAAAAGGUGAUGAAUGGCUGAAGAUGUCCUACCCUUCCAAGGUGACCCUGCUGGGGUCAAUUAUCUUCACAUUCCAGCACACAAAGCAUCUGGCAAUAUCAAAGCAUAAUCUUAUGUUCCUUUAUACCAUCUUUAUUGUGGCCACAAAGAUAGCCAUGAUGAUUACAGAGACUUCUACUGUGACUUUUGCUCCUUUUGAGGAUACAUUGAGUCGGAUGCUGUUUGGCUGGCAGCAACAGUUUCCAUCACAUGAAAAGAAAAGCAAAACAAAAUCAACUUCCAAUGGCACUGGUUCAACGGCCUCAAAACCUACAGCGGAUGCUUCAGAUAAGGUCAAAAAGAAGCAUACGAAGAAGACUGAGUAAAUUUGCUUGAGGAGCUAUAGAAGACAGAUUUUUUUUCUUUCAUAUCUACCUGGCAGAUUGUGAUUAUAUUACUAUGUAGAUGAUGUGAAAUAAAGAUUAUAUAUUAUGGAGGUGACAAAAAGAAAUUCUUUGUGUUUCAGGAAGACUACCCCUUUUUGGAUUGUAAUUCUUAAAUGUUAUGAGUGUAUAAUGUGAAUUUGUUUUUCUGAUUUAAAAGAUUCUGUUGUGCUUAAAAUUCGAAUAGUUUUAUAUUGAUAAAAGAAAGCUUUAUUUUUUUUAAAUGUUAGAGAAAGUAGAACUAUCACUGCAAAAUAACAAACAUGUAAAGCUUUUUUGAAAUUUAGGUAUUUUUGUGCAUAUUUUUUAUUUGAAUCUAUUUGAGCUUUAGUUUAACAGAAUCAAACUUUUACUUCAGUUUACCAUUGUAAUUCCUAGGUAUGGAAAACAAUUUCUAUAUAAUUUUGAACACUGACAAGGGUAAACUUUUCCUAAAACACUUUAGUAUUAUAAAUGAAUAUGAAUUGCUAUUUUAUAUUUCAGAUAUGCACAUUGUAUUUUUAUCCACAUUAAAUGGUAAAUACGUGAAAUUUUAUUUAAUUUUAUUUCUAAUAGUACUUUUCUACUUUUCAGUGAGAACAGAGUAUUAGUAUGUCUCAAUCUGAAGUAUGCAUCAGGGGCUGGCCAGUUAGCUCAGUUUGGUUAGUGCAUGGUGUUGUAAUGCCAAGGUCAUGGGUUCAGAUAGCUAUACUGGCCAGCCACCAAAAAAAAAAGUUUAUCUUGUGCCCUUGUUAAAAAAAAAAUAGUUUGUUUUUUUUUUUCCUCAAAAGAAAAUCAGGGUAUAAUUUUUAAUAAAUUACUAAUUCCAUGUUUUGUUUUAUAAUUUUCAUUUAUUUCAUUAUAAUAUUCAGUUUCGUUUUCAGCUUAUUUUUUCUCUAUCUUUAAAAUACAUUUGUUUUAACUGAAGGAGAAAUUAUUAUUCUCAGCAUUUCACAUGUUCUUUUUCUUAUCUUGGUUGGUCUGAAUACAUCGGUGGUAGUUAUCAUAAUAAUGCAACAAAAAGUAUUAUCUCAAUUUUAAAAUUUUCUGUCUGUGUCUUCUUACUAGUGGCUACUUUUUCAGUUUUGUAUUUGAAUGUCUCUUACUAGCUUCUACGUGGUUAUGUUAUAUUUUAAUCUACAUGUACAUAUUGUUAUUAAUUUUAUUUUAAAUGAAAACUAGUUAUUUUCAUAUGAGAAUUGCCCUUGGACAUUUCAUAGUAACCAGCUAUCUAAGAAGAAAUAGAGAGAGCAAAAUAUCAUAUGGUAGUCCAUUUGAAGAUUGAUGACAUUCUGGUUCCUUAUUGACAAAAUAAAAUAAGAAACAAGAAAAGGUACUAAAUGAUGAUAGAUUUUUUUUGCUUUAUUUUAUGGUUUAAAAAUCCAGUUAUAACAUUAAAACUCUGCAACAUGAUUUCUUUUACAAAACCGUGGACCUACUACCUGUAUCAGGUAUUUUUGGAUGACUUAGAAAUACUCAAAUCACAUUCAAAUUAGAAGUUUGGACUUUUUAAAAAAUUUAGCAAAUAUGAGUAUAAAUGCCAGCAGGUACUAUACUUUUAUUUGUUUUUUAAAAAAAGAUUUUGGGAGGGAGCACUUUUGAUAGCCUUGGAAUGCCAAGAAGUUUAUUUUUAAUAUUGUGACAGCAUUUAAGAGUUUUAUAAUAUAUUUGAUACUCUUGAGGUUAAAAACUUUAAAAAAUUAAUAUGCUAUUAAUUAUUGACCAGUGUUGAAGUUU